UCCUGUAACUGCUUAUAUAACAGCUGAAAAGAGUUUGACCAGGUGAUCCUUAUCAGGUUAACUUUAAUGAGAGGCUUAAGAGGAACACAAGCAGGAAGGGAAGCAUCUGUUUGCCUGUGAGUCUCAGAGAGAGACAAAGGUGCUGUUACACCCUGGGUUUGGGGUCAUCCUGUCUAGAGGCAUGAUGUGGUGGAGCAGGAGGUUUUGGUUACUUCUCACUGCACUAUUAUUAGUAAAAGAUGCAGAGGGAUAUAGAGUGUGGAAUGAAAAUCCUUUAGGUCAGCCUGGAAAUGCUACUGAUAUGGGAGACUUGCCUUCUAGUGUUGCAUCCAUGGAAAGUAGCUCCCCGUUUUUGCAGCAAGGCCUAGAAUCUAGUGAGAACGAAGCUGCCAAGUCAAGGUGGGCUUCCAGCAGUGGAAAGGGUUUUUCAGAAGACCUGACUGAAAUUGGGACAGCAGGAUAUUACCAGUCGGUUCUCCAAAGUGGUCAGAAGCUUCCUGAAACUGUAACCCAAACCCAGUUGCAGGGUCCCUCUUCCCAUGAACACACUGGUGGCAAUGUUGCAUUAAAUACUCCUCUGUCCAGUCGCCUUUUUCCACAAGGACGUUUGUACCAUGGGUCUUCUGAUGGUGUAGACACCGAUUCCAGUGCUCAAGGAUUUCGAAGUCCAUACACUUCUGACAGGCAGCAGAUUGCUAGGGGGGCUCAACAAAGUAGCAGCAGGCACCUGUAUGGGACCACUCCUUUUCAGCUGUCAAAGAAAGGGCAAACAUCCAGCCUCCAGAGUGCAGUGUGGUCUCAGGAAUCCCAGCUGUGGGGUUCUGGUGUAACGUCCACAAGCCCUCAACCUGGCCAGCAUGAAGCAUGUAAAAGCCGUAGCCGUUAUGGACAUCUAGAUUCCCAAGAGGGCCAGGCAGGCCACCCCGCCCCCACCAGCCCACGGGCCAGGCAGGCCCACCCCGGCAAGCCCCCUACCAGCCCUCUGGCCGAGCAGGCCAACCCCGGCAAGGCCCCUACCCGCCCUCGGUGCCAGGCAGGCCACCCCGGCAGCCCCCUACCCAGCCCUCGGCCAGGCAGGCAACCCCCGGCAGCCCCCUACCAGCCCUCGGGCCAGGCAGGCCAGCCCCGGCAGCCCCCUACCAGCCCUCGAGGCCAGGCAGGCAACCCCGGCAGCCCCUACCAGCCCUCAGAUCAGAAUACAUUAUCGCUUGUGGCCUCCUGGUGUCUGGACAGGCUGGCCACUCCUCAAGGCCUGUCCAAGCUUUGGGACAGGCUGCCCGUUCCCAAAUGUGGGCUUCUGGUGUGA